AUGGCCACCAUGGACGUCAAUAAGAGCAUCACAUCGCACAAGACUGCCACUAUACGUAACUAUAACACCCAACCUCGACUUAUUUACAAGACUGUAACUGGUGUAAAUGGACCCCUCGUCAUACUAAAUGAUGUCAAGUUCCCGCAGUUUAGUGAAAUUGUGCACAUCACCUUACCGGAUGGCUCAAAGAGAUCUGGACAGGUUCUAGAAAUUACAAGAAAUAAAGCUGUUGUUCAGGUUUUCGAAGGAACUUCUGGAAUUGAUGCUAAGAACACAGUUUGCGAGUUCACUGGUGACAUUCUUCGUUCUCCUGUGUCCGAAGAUAUGCUUGGUCGUAUUUUCAACGGCUCUGGAAAACCAAUUGAUAAGGGACCACCUGUUCUUGCUGAAGAUUUUCUGGAUAUUAACGGUCAGCCUAUAAACCCGUGGUCUCGUAUUUACCCAGAGGAAAUGAUCCAAACUGGAAUUUCUGCCAUUGAUGUUAUGAACUCAAUUGCUCGUGGUCAGAAAAUUCCCAUAUUCUCUGCUGCUGGCUUGCCACACAACGAGAUUGCUGCCCAAAUUGUGCGUCAAGGAGGUCUUGUGCAGCUUCCUGAGCGUAAGCACGAAGCAUCCGAUUCAAACUUUGCCAUUGUUUUCGCUGCUAUGGGAGUAAACAUGGAAACUGCUCGUUUCUUCAAGCAAGAUUUUGAAGAAAAUGGAUCUAUGGAAAACGUGUGUUUAUUCCUCAACUUGGCAAACGAUCCAACAAUCGAGCGUAUUAUCACUCCCCGUCUUGCACUUACUGCUGCUGAAUUCUUUGCUUACCAAUGCGAAAAACACGUGCUUGUAGUGCUCACUGAUAUGUCGUCCUACGCUGAAGCUCUUCGUGAGGUGUCCGCAGCUCGUGAAGAAGUUCCUGGUCGUCGAGGUUUUCCAGGGUACAUGUACACUGACUUGGCGACAAUUUACGAACGUGCUGGUCGUGUAGAGGGGCGUGAUGGUUCUAUUACUCAAAUACCUAUACUUACAAUGCCUAAUGAUGAUAUUACUCACCCUAUUCCUGAUCUUACUGGCUACAUCACCGAAGGGCAGAUUUACGUUGAUCGUCAGCUCCACAAUAGACAGAUAUAUCCUCCGAUCAACGUGUUACCAUCACUUUCUCGACUGAUGAAAUCUGCUAUUGGUGAAGGAAUGACACGCGAGGAUCAUUCUGAUGUUUCUAAUCAGGUUCGGUUUCUCACCAUAAUUUUAAUGUUGAAAGUCAAUAUGGUGUUCGCUAUGAUGCUGUAUGCUUGCUAUGCUAUUGGAAAAGACGUACAGGCUAUGAAAGCUGUUGUAGGAGAGGAAGCACUUUCUUCAGAUGAUCUUCUUUAUCUCGAGUUCUUGAUAAAAUUUGAGAAGAAUUUUAUUACCCAAGGAAACUACGAGAAUCGCACCGUCUUUGAAUCUCUCGAUAUUGGAUGGCAAUUGCUUCGUAUCUUUCCUCGAGAAAUGUUAAAACGAAUUCCAGAGAGUACUCUUGAAAAGUAUUACCCACGAGGAGGAGGGAAGACCGAUUAA